UCCCUCCUCCUCCUCCUCGCGGUAGUUCCGGUUGCAGAGGAGACAGCGCCGCAGUUGCCGCCACAUCGGGCAUUUCUGGCUCUUUUCUCUUCGCCUUAAAUUCGGGUGUCUUUUAUGAAUAAUCAAAAGCAGCAAAAGCCAACGCUAUCAGGCCAGCGUUUUAAAACCAGAAAAAGAGAUGAAAAAGAGAGGUUUGACCCUACUCAGUUUCAAGACUGUAUUAUUCAAGGCUUAACUGAAACUGGUACUGAUUUGGAAGCAGUAGCAAAGUUUCUUGAUGCUUCUGGAGCAAAACUUGAUUACCGCCGAUAUGCAGAAACACUCUUUGACAUUCUGGUGGCUGGCGGAAUGCUGGCUCCAGGUGGUACACUGGCAGAUGACGUGAUGCGUACAGAUGUCUGUGUGUUCGCAGCACAGGAAGACCUAGAGACCAUGCAAGCGUUUGCUCAGGUUUUUAACAAGUUAAUCAGGCGCUACAAAUAUCUGGAGAAAGGGUUUGAAGAUGAAGUUAAAAAGCUGCUGCUGUUCUUAAAGGGUUUUUCAGAGUCGGAGAGGAAUAAGCUGGCUAUGUUGACUGGUGUUCUUCUGGCUAAUGGAACACUUAAUGCAUCCAUUCUUAAUAGCCUUUAUAAUGAGAAUUUGGUCAAAGAAGGGGUUUCAGCAGCUUUUGCUGUAAAGCUCUUUAAAUCGUGGAUAAAUGAAAAAGAUAUAAAUGCAGUGGCUGCAAGUCUUCGGAAAGUCAGCAUGGAUAACAGACUGAUGGAACUUUUUCCUGCCAAUAAACAAAGCGUCGAACACUUCACGAAGUAUUUUACUGAGGCAGGCUUGAAAGAGCUUUCAGAAUAUGUUCGGAAUCAGCAGACCAUAGGAGCUCGUAAGGAACUCCAGAAAGAGCUGCAGGAACAGAUGUCCCGUGGUGAUCCGUUUAAGGAUAUAAUUUUGUAUGUCAAGGAGGAGAUGAAAAAAAACAACAUCCCAGAACCUGUUGUCAUCGGAAUAGUCUGGUCUAGUGUAAUGAGCACAGUGGAAUGGAACAAAAAAGAGGAGCUUGUAGCAGAGCAAGCCAUCAAGCACUUGAAGCAAUACAGCCCUCUACUUGCUGCCUUUACUACUCAAGGUCAGUCUGAGCUGACUCUGUUACUGAAGAUUCAGGAGUACUGCUAUGACAACAUUCAUUUCAUGAAAGCCUUCCAGAAAAUAGUGGUGCUUUUUUAUAAAGCUGAAGUCCUGAGUGAGGAGCCCAUUCUGAAGUGGUAUAAAGAUGCACAUGUUGCAAAGGGGAAAAGUGUCUUCCUUGAGCAAAUGAAAAAGUUUGUAGAGUGGCUCAAAAAUGCUGAAGAAGAAUCUGAGUCUGAAGCUGAAGAAGGUGACUGAAUAUUGAAACUACACCCUCAGUAAAGCAAACAGGAGUUGUAGAUAAAUUGUCAUGUCUCAUGUGUCCUGGUUCUUACAUCUUCCUACCUCCCUAUAUCAAGCAUGAUAUAAGGGCUUUCAUGGCAAAUUUUAUUUUAACUGUUUCUAUAGUUACUGGAAAUGUUGGGUUUAGUUUCUAAAACCAUGUUUUAAGUAGCUACAGGAGCUAUAGAUUUGAAUCUAAUGUUGCAUUAGUCUUUUCAGUUAUCUUCUACCUCCUGUAUUUUCUACUGUAAUAAUGUAAUUUAAGCCUUCCACAAUGAACACUUCACUUUAUUCCCUGGGUUUUCUAUAUAAACAGUUUUCAAGAUAUGAUUUGGUUAAAAAUAAUUUGUUAUAAAAAUUCUGUUUGCAAAUUAAACUGUAAAAAAAAGUAUCCAAAGUCUCAAAAAACAAUGAUUUGUGUGAUAAUUUGGUAUGCCCAGAGCCCUGCUCAUCAGUGGAAAUCUCAUAGACAGUAAUUGAGUUCAUUAACAUGAAUCGUGAGUAUUUGGACCAUUGCUUGCAUGUUAAUAUUUUGUUGCAUUUUUAACCCCAGAUGUCCUUGAGCUCAAUUGUUUGCUGUCUGAUUUUCAUUCCUUAGUGAAGCCAUGGAGAACAAGCUUGAAAGUGAGGUCUUUUGGGAAAUGGUAUGCGGCAGAGGUGGUGGGAAGAAGAAAGUUGAGCUUUUGCCCAUUGAGAAACUUCUGCAUUCACUUUGUAUCUUUCUGGGCAAAACAAAUGGAUAUUCUUUUCAUCCAACCAUUUUCAAAUGUACCUUGGAAAAGCCUGUCAUUUAAAGUAUUUUGCACUUGUCAUACACUUAGACUGAUAGGAAAGGACUCAUACAGUAUUGUGAGUAAAGGAAAUGACUGUACUAUAACGAGUGAAUUGUUGAAAAUGUUAAGUGGUCAGCGUGUUCUAGUUGGGACUCUAAAUAUAACUCAUAUUUCCUGUUGGCAUAGAGUAUUUGUCGUAAAGAAUGAAGUGCAGCGAUAAUGAUAUAUUCAUAUAUCCCAGCUUCAUUCUCUUAACAUAUUCACUUAUGACGCAAGCAUUUGGCUACUAACAUAAACCUAGUUGCCAUUUUUUUUUUGAUUGCCAUGAGCCAAAUAUCUCUUCUAGACAAUUGAUCCAUUUAUUUGAAUGGCUGCUCUUUCAUUUUCGUCUUUCUUUUCUUGCUGCUACCCAUCUAUAUAUGUAGUCAUUAGAAAACAAAAUGUGGCCACACUUUUUGGUGGAAAGACUUCAUGUUAAAAGUGAACAUUUUGAAAGUUUUUUUGAUUGGUGAAAGAAACUAGCUUGGAAUAAAGCCACUGGAGACUCAGUGGAAAUUGCCCCUUUCAAAGGUGCCAUUCUUGUGAGCCAAGAAUUUGGUGUUUAAAAAUUCAUCUUGAGGAAUAACGUGUAAUAUAAUUUGCAAUAAAGGUAUAGUAACCUUAUGAAGAAGAGCAUUAUAACUGGUAUCAUUGUGAAUGGGGUGAAAUUGUUAAAUGAAUAACUUUGAUAAAGUUUUCAUGCACAGGCAAAAUGUAUUCACUAGGUUUCUACAUAGUGAUCUGCUUUUACUUUGUAAUUUGUAGUCCUCAAAAGACUUUUUUAAAAAAUAAAGUCCAUCCUUACACUUAGGUUACCUAGGUCAGUCUUCUUUUUUAAUUUUUUAUUCUUUUGUAAAUUCCAUAUUAAUACUUAGUGGUAACUGUAUGUUAUGUGUUCAGACAUCUCUACUGUGUAAGCAUUAAAUAAUUGCUCUUUUCAUCCUUAUGACUCCCAAACUGUAAACACCUACGCAUAAUUCUGAUGUAGUGGAAACUACGUUAACAUUUCUACAACCAAAUCAUCGCAUGUUCCUGCCGUACAAAGUGUACCCUGUGUUAUUAUAUACUGUGUAUAGUGAAAGAGUGUGUAGUCUUCCGGAACUACAUUAUGAUCUUUGAUCACAGAGUUUUUUUCUUCAUAAUGACAAAGUAGUGUUUACUUACUACAAUGUUACAGUAAAUGGAAAAGUCAUCUGUGACAGUAUAGUAUAAAGAAAGGGAAUGCUUUCUAAAAGGACUUUGCAGAUUUUCAUUUAGAAUUUUAAGUGGUAAUUAUGAAACUCAGCUGCCAGUGCCAGCCUAUGGCCUCAAAUAUGUAAUUCUUAAUAUAGAUGUUAAAAUUGUACUUGUAAUUAUGAUUGGAUAAAUGUUAAUUGAUUUUCCUAACGUGGUGUCAGUUUCUAUGGAUAAGUCUUCUCUUAGAUGCCAUAAUUAAAUGUGUGUAUAGAGCUGAUCAUAAGUUUCUUAAUCUUAAUUAUUCUGAGAGUAUUGUCCUAGAGAUACUUAUUGUUCUGUUCUUAUGAAAACUCCAGAUACCAAAAAUGCCACAGGAUCUUUUGACGUAGCAUAAUGACGGUGGUGAGAGGAAAUGCCUGUGACUGAGAGAUUUACUUCUGCUUCAGUGUUUCUCAAAGCUGUUUCUCAUUAUCAACCCCCCCAAGAAGCCUUUCUAGACUUUUUUCUAAUAGCACCCCAAUAAAUUUUAAUAUCGUAGAUAUGCUGUAUAUAUAUCAUAUCUGCUUUAUACACGAAAAGAGUAAGAAUUUCUUUGAUCCCACUUGGGGGUGAUAUUGCCCCCAUUGAGAAUGCGUGCCCUAAUAUAUCUCUUUUUUAAAGAGUAAGAGACCUAGUGAUAGACAUUUGCAUUGGCAGGCAUAUCUUUAUGCAUAUCAUAUCCUGAAGCAGUAUUGUUUUCUGCCAGCCUCACUCGAAAAUAGAGGGAAUUUGUUUUCUGCCAAUCACCAUCUUUUUUAUUUUUAUUUUUUGCUGAGGAAGAUUGUCCCUGAGCUAACAUCUGUGCUAGUCUUCCUCUAUUUUGUAUGUGGGUCACUGCCACAGCAUGGCCGAUGAGUGGUGUAGGUCUGCUUCCGGGAUCUGAACAUGCGAACCCACAUCGCUGAAGUGGAGCGCGCUGAACUUAACCACUAGGCCAUGGGGCUGCCCCCCCAAUCACCGUCUUUUAACAGUUGUGUUUUACAUCCUGGCGCACCAUAGGCAUCACACAAGUCAUUUCCGAUUGGCUUUGGAAGUCUUAACAGAUUCUUAUUUGAUUGUAAAUGUAGCAUAAAUAGCAUCAUUUGGGUUCCUUUUAAUCUAUAAAAAUCAAAAUCCUAGGUGAAUGAUUUAUUUUAAUUAAAGUUCUUGGGGGCUGGCCCCAUGGCUUAGUGGUUAAGUGUGCAUGCUCUGUUACUGGCAGCCCGGGUUCGGAUCCCAGAUGUGCACCGACGCACCGCUUCUCCGGCCAUGCUGAGGCCGCGUCCCACAUACAGCAACUAGAAGGAUGUGCAGCUAUGACAUACAACUAGCUACCGGGGCUUUGGGGAAAAAAAGGAGGAGGAUUGGCAGUAGAUGUUAGCUCAGAGCUGGUCUUCCUCAGCAAAAAAAAGAAUUAGUAUGGAUGUUAGCUCAGGGCUGAUCUUCCUCAAAAAAAAAAAAAGUUCUUGGGCAUAACACUUUGAUAAAUGGUAUUGAAAUUCUACUGAUGAAUCUCUACUAUCAUACUCAAGGAGGCUGCUUGCAGAAACUGAUAGAACUAUUGGUUGGCUUCAGAUGUAACAGAUGCCAAAGUUUUAGUGUACAUUAUUGCUUAGACUACUGAAUUAUGUUUGCAAAAAUUUUCCUUGGAUGCUAUUUACAGGUGCCAUGUAAAAUAGAUUAAUAAGCAUUUCUGUGAGAAUUAUGGUAAAUUGUCGUGCUAUGAUUUUUCAUAUAAAGUAUUAGUCCUCUAGUAUUGCUAUCAAGUAUUUCUCUUCACCAGCCUACUGAGGCCUGAAGGUUUAAAAUGUUAUUAAGAAAUAAAAAGUUUUUCAGUAGGCUUUAUUUAAGUGGAAUCUAGAAGAUGUGAUAAGUACUUUUGACUUCAAAAUAAUGAAUUUAUAAUUGGUUUCUGUCUAAAUACCUAAAUUGCAGUGGGUUUGUACCUAAACACAGUCUUAUGCAUAAUUGUAUGAAACUUAGUGUGAAUCAGAAAGGCUUCCCAACUCCCUUUCCUUCCCACUUUUUUCCCUAUUUAACUAUGGGCAGUUAGAAGCUGUAUCUAUUCUAAUCAUUUUAAUUUUCCAGUGCUCUUAUAAUCCUUUUAUCCUUAUGCUAGUAUUAUAGUCUCACCUCUCGAGGAAUUGGAAAGAGGAUGAAGGUGCGUUACAAGUGCGCUCAGUCACUGUCAGUUUAGUAACUCUUAAUAAGAGCCGCAGUUAAAAGCUCAGCCACUUGUGGUGCCUCCUCUGGUGCCCUAGAGGAGACAGUGGUCAAACUCAGCAGAAUCCUUUGCUUUGUAGACUUGAUGCAGAGGGACCAAUAUCUUGCUACAAUAUGAUAUAAUUAGCAUGUUGAUGGUCGUAUUCGUGCAGGUUUGGGAACUGCAUUAAAUGUGUAUAAUGAAUUUGGGGUGCUACAAAGUUGUCAAAUAUAAUUGAGCUCUUCCAUUUCAGGGAAUUUCCAGUCAGUGUAACGUUUUUAAAAUAUCUAAGGACAAAACUAGUUUAACCCAUUUUUUAAAGCUGAAAUCCUGAAGGCUGUGCUUAAAAGCUGACUUAUGAGGUAAACCUGUUGGGGAAAUAAGUGACCAUUUUUAGACUGAAGCAUCCACUACAUUCUCUAUCAUCUUAAGAAUAAAAUAUGUCCUCUGUAAAUACACCUCAUUUCCAUUCUAGUUAGGAGUAAUGGAUCCCGACAUGGCAAACGGUUGAAGAACGGAGAAAACUGGAUAGCUGAUAAGCCAGAUAGGUGUUGGCACUCUGAACAACCUCAAGUUACAGCCAUCCAAGCCAGUAAUUACAUUGCUGCAUUUUUGUGUGUUUAACUGUGAAAUUUGCUUCGUCUGUACCCUUGAAAUUGAAUAAAAUUUCAUGAGACUCCUUGUUAA